AUGAGUUUGGACACGGAUGUGGACAGCAAGCAGGUCAACAAUGAGAUUUUCGCCAUGAUGAAGGUAAUACACGCAGACUCCAACAAACUGAGCAACACCGAGAAGCUCGACGAACUUAGUCAGAGGCUCCUCAACAAUGUUGCAUCUCAGCUCAGGUGGUGUUUUGUGGACAGCACCGGCCUCAUGUGGGAUCCGGAGAGGAGGGAACUCGUGGGCUCCCCUGACUGGACGAGGAUUUGUCGGCUGCUCUUCGGGGAGGUACGUGAGAACGGGACCUGGGUCCUGGUCAACAGCCGGCCGUAUUGCAUGCACAAUAGGAUCUGCAAGAGGCCAUCGGCAGCUCAUUCCUUUCUUGAGCGCUACGGCAUCCAUGCGAACCUUGAGAAGGCAACCCAUGCUCAUAUCACCAUCGCCAAGAUCGCCAAGGUUGAUCCCAAGUGGCUGGAGACCAAUCUGAGCAUUUCUUCGGAUUUGGCAACCAGGAUUCGGCAAGAGGCUGGUGCAGAGAUCGCAAGGUGCUGUGACUGCAUGGAGCGAUGGUCGGCGCUGUUUAAGGACACCUUUGGCAACCCUUACGCCGACCCCGUCCCCAAGUACAAGGAGACCCCGCAGAAGCGACUCUGGACGCUGCUGUGGCACCUGAAGCACUUGCACGAGGCCGGGGUAAUUAAGAUCAUCUCUGAGGAUCAGAUGAAUUGCAUCCUCGGGUUCAACCUGCUCGUCGUGCAGCAGCCUGAAUUUCACCAGGAGAUCUCCAAGUUCGUCCUGACAAACAGCAGCUGGGCCGCUCGCCGAGGGGCAUCCAACAUCCCUACCCGCCCCGUGUACGAGCUGCUGCGCAUGAUCGGAGUGGCCCCUGUCUCUGAAUCUCGAGGACCUAAGGAGUUUGAUCCGACGCCCGGCAAGGCUGGAAAUGAGCAGGAUCAGAUGUAUGCGACAAGGUCCUGA